UACAUGGGCCAACAGAAUCUAACAUCACUGAUGGAGUUCAUUCUUAUGGGAGUCACAAGGCAGCCUGAGCUACAGGUUCCCAUUUUUGGGGUCUUCCUCAUCAUCUAUACAGUCACAGUGGUGGGCAACCUGGGCAUGAUCAUCUUGACCCAGGUGGACUCCCGCCUACAUACACCUAUGUAUUUUUUUAUCAAACAUCUGGCUUUCAUUGAUCUUGGUAAUUCUACUGUCAUUUGUCCCAAGAUGCUAGUAAAUUUUGUUGUGGAUCAAAAUGCCAUUUCUUAUUAUGCAUGUGCCACACAGUUGGCUUUCUUCCUUAUGUUCAUCAUUAGUGAAUUUUUCAUCUUGUCGGCCAUGGCCUAUGACCGCUAUUUGGCCAUCUGUAACCCUCUGCUCUACAAUGUUACUAUGUCCCAGAGACUUUGUCACAUGCUAGUGGGCAUUCCAUACCUCUACAGUACCUUUCAGGCUCUAAUGUUCACUAUUAAGAUUUUUACAUUGACCUUCUGUGGUUCUAAUGUCAUCAGUCAUUUCUAUUGUGAUGAUGUUGUCUUGUUACUUAUGCUCUGCUCAAAUGCACAAGACAUAGAAUUGUUGAUCAUACUAUUUUCAGCACUUAAUUUGAUCUCUUCCCUGCUGGUAGUCCUCGUGUCUUAUAUACUAAUUCUGAUAUCCAUAUUUCAAAUGCAUUCUGCAGAGGGUAGGAAAAAAGCUUUCUCCACGUGUGGGUCUCAUUUGACAGUGGUGAUUGUGUUCUAUGGGUCUCUACUAUUUAUGUACAUGCAGCCUAAAUCUGCCCACUCCUUUGAUACUGAUAAAAUGGCUUCUGUGGUUUACACAUUAGUGAUCCCCAUGCUUAACCCCUUUAUCUACAGCUUAAGAAACAAAGAGGUAAAAAAUGCCUUCCGCAGGGUCUUUAAGAAUCAGCGCAAACUUUGUAUCUAA